AUGGGAGAGCGUCGUCGUGACCGCAAAAUCGAUUUAGAUCAGAAGCGUGUUGAGGAAUUAGACAAAGAGCAUAUGGACCUAAACCGACAGUUCGAAGAUUUAAAAAGAGGCCUCAAAGAAAUCACGAUGGAGGAAUGGAACAACAUCCCCGAAAUCGGCGACCAUAGUUUAAAAUUAAAGCGAGCCAAAGAGAAAGAAAUCUACACCCCCGUCCCUGACUCCGUCAUUCAAUCCCGCCUCAUGCAAAACAGCAUGGAAUCCUAUCUCGACCCGCGUCAGCAAGUUCUCGGCGGAUUUGACACUCCCUCCGGAAUGACCUCCGAAUCCAUCAGCGCGGCCCGCGAAAAGAUCCUCUCUCUGAAACUGGACCGCAUGUCGGACAGCGUGAGCGGCCAGACGGUUGUGGAUCCCCGCGGUUAUCUGACCUCUCUUGACAGCAUUCGUACGCUUCCGCAGGAUCAGCUCAUCGACCUGAACAACGCGCGUCAGAUGUACCACCGGCUGUGUCUGUCGAACCCGACGAACCCGCAGCUGUGGAUCAGCGCUGCGCGCAUCGAGGAGCAGUCAGGGAACUUGACGGCGGCGCGGAAGCUGAUUAAAGAAGGCUGCGAGAACUGUCCGAAGUCGGAGAGCGUGUGGCUGGAGGCGGUGCAUUUCAACCACGGCGAGAACGCGAAGAUUCUCAUCGCGAACGCCGCGCAGAACCUGCCGCGGUCGGUGAAGAUUUGGCUGACGGCCGCGGAUUUGGAGGACGACGUCGACGCGAAGCGCCGCGUGUACUGGAAGGCGCUGGAGUUCAUCCCUAACUCGGUGGUGCUGUGGAAGCAGGCCGUGAGUUUGGAGAAGGAAGAAGGCGCGAUUUUGCUGCUGAAGCGCGCAGUGAAGCAGAUUCCCGAGAACGUGGAGCUCUGGCUCGCGCUCGCGAAGCUGCAGAACUACGAGGACGCGCGCGGAACGCUGAACCAAGCGCGGCGCGCCGUGCCGACGGACCCGCUGAUCUGGAUGACGGCGGCGCAGCUGGAGGAAGCGAACGGGAAUCAGCACAACGUAGAGAAGAUUAUCGAGAAGUCGCUGCGCAGUCUGCGGAAUAACAAUGUCGUCAUUGAUCGCGCGAAGUGGAUCCAAAACGCGUAUAACAUGGAGAAGGCCGGGGCCGUGGUCACGUGCGCUGCCAUCAUCCGCAACGUCAUCGAAGUGGGCGUCGAACAGGAAGAUCGACUGCGAACGUGGACCGACGACGCCAGCAAGGCCGUCGAAGAGGGCGCGAUUGAGACUGCCAGAGCCAUUUAUGUGUACACACUCUCGGUCUUUCCGACGAAUGAGAGUCUUUGGGUCAAAUCGUACGAGCUGGAGGACGAUUUUGGGUCCGUUGAGAGCGCGGAGAACGUGCUGAAACUCGCCGUCGAGAAAUGCCCAGCCUCGGAAAAUCUCUGGCUGCUGCUGAUCCGGCUGAUUUACGUCAAGCAGAAAGAUACGGUGCGCGCUCGCGAGCAGUUGGAGGAAGCGAUGAAGGUGAACGAAGCCAAUCCGCCGUUUUUGGCGAGCAGCAAUAUUUGGCUGACCGCGUUCCAGAUCGAGUGGGAGGCCAACGAAGUGGAGCGUGCGCGGGAGAUCUUGUCGCGAGCGCGCGUGAACUGCAAGAGUGCGCGCGUGUGGGUGAAAUCCGCGCUGUUGGAGUGGGAAACCGACAACGAACCUGCGGAAAAAUCGCUUCUCGACGAAGGAAUCCGGCAAUAUCCCGACUGUGCCAAGCUUUAUCUGAUGCUCGGGCAGCUCUAUGAGGCGCAGAACAACGUGGAGCAGGCGCGCGCGACGUAUCGGAACGGUCUGCUUCAUUGUCCCGCGUCGGUUCCACUGUGGCUGCUGUACGUUCGCUUGGAACGGCGGGUUACGUCGAUUAUGAAGGCGCGUUCGCUACUGGAAGUCGCGCGGCAGAAGUGUCCGACCAGCGAGGACUUGUGGAUCGAAUCGGUGCGGAUGGAGCGAGACGCGGGGAACGCGGCGCUCGCCAAUCAGCUUCUGUCGAAAGCGAGGCAGACGAUGCCUUCGAACGGACGGAUCUGGUCGGAAACCAUCGCGACGAUCCCGAAGAUCCAGCGUCGGUCGUACAUUUCGACCGCGUUGAAGGAGACGGAGGUCGAUGCGUACGUGUUCUUAGCGGCUGGCAAGCUCUUCUGGAGUUUGCAUCUCGUGUCGAAGGCGCGUGUGUGGCUGCGACGUGCGUUGGCGAAGAAUGGGGACAUCGGCGACUUCUGGGCGUUGCUGUAUAUAUUCGAGCUGCAGAACGGAACGGAGGAGCAGCAGAAUGAAGUGAUUCGAGAUUGUGUGCGGGCGAAUCCGAAGCAUGGAGAGAUUUGGCCGUCGAUUCGAAAGCAAAAGGAGAAUCGGAGAAAGGAGAUUCCGGAGAUUUUGCGAUUGGUGGCGGAUCAGAUGAAGGAUGUGAUGGUUGAGUUUUGUAAGUGA